GUGGGCGCUGUUUGGUGAAAUUCCUGCUGAGUUGUGGGUGCGAGUGUGUUUGAGUUAUUUAAAAAGAAAAAAGUUGUUUUAUCAUUCGCAAAUUAUCAGGACUUCGAAACCAGAUCUGUGUCUCGUCUGCUUGUUCGUUUCUCGUCUCCUUUCCCGCAGUCAUUCUUCCCUCCGAUCUUCGACGCCAGACAGGGCUGCUUCGUUGUCGUGGUUGUCAUCCUCUUACCGUUUUGUUUUUCUUGUGUUUCGUGGGAAGCCUUUAACCUGCGGGUAGCUAAUGGAUGCCAAGAUCCGGCUGGAUGUACAGGGUAGCAGCCCAAAAGAAAAUAAACCAAAUAUGUCUGAAGUGGGGAGCCUGAAUGAACUUGUGGGUGAAAUUUUUGUACAAGUUGAUCAGCUCGAGCAAAAACUCAAUGAGGUUGAACAGUUUUACUCCAAUUCAAAUACGAAGCAUCUAAAUCCAAAAGGUGCUUCUUCUACGAAAGAUAAAGAUAAGGAAACCUCCACUGUAAAUUUUAAGAAGAGGCAGCAAGAGGCUGCUCGUAGGGAGGCUGCUGCUGCCAAGAGAAUGCAAGAGCUUAAGCGCCAGUUUGGAACAAUCUUACGUCAGAUGACUCAACACAAAUGGGCAGGACCCUUUAUGCAGCCUGUGGAUGUUGUGGGACUUGGUCUACAUGAUUAUUAUGAGGUUAUUGAGAAGCCCAUGGACUUCAGUACUAUCAAAAGCAAAAUGGAGGCCAAGGAUGAGACUGGGUAUAAAAAUGUCCGAGAGAUGUGCGCUGAUGUAAGGCUGGUAUUUAAGAAUGCAAUGAAGUAUAACAAAGAAAAAGAUGAUGUCCAUGUUAUGGCCAAGAGUUUGUUGGAUAAGUUUGAGACAAAAUGGCUUCAGCUUUUACCAAAAGUUGAUGAAGAGGAAAAAAGGCGGAAAGAAGAAGAAGCUGAGAUGCAACUAGAUAUGCAGCUUGCUCAGGAGGUUGCUCAUGCCAAAAUGGCCAAAGAUUUGAGUAUCGAGCUUGAGAAAGUCGAGAGAAAUCUGGAAGAACUCAAGGAUAGUGUACUUCAGAAGUGCAGGAAAAUCUCAACAGAAGAGAAGAAACAACUCGGGAGUGCCAUCACCAAGCUCUCACCUGAAGACAUUAACAAGGCCCUCGACAUCAUCGCCCAGGCGAAUCCCACAUUUCAAGCAGCAGAUGAUACUGUAGAAGUUGACAUUGACGCUCAGAGUGAAUCAACGUUGUGGAAGUUGAAGUUCUUCGUGAAAGACACAUUGCAAGCACAGAUGAAAAGUUGUCAAAGCACCGGAGGGAAUGAUAAUAACCAAAACAAGAGAAAACGAGAGACAGCAUCGGAUGUUGCAGCAAAGUCAAGUUCACAGAAGAAGAGCAAGAAGCCUCUGGGUGGACAGUAGCUGCUUGUAGCAAAAUGUGUUGUGUAAAUGAGAUAGUUGUGUUGUGUACACUUUGUAUAGGUUGGGUGAUGUUAGGUUGAUUGUCUCAAGGAGGCAAUGCUGCUGCUGCUGCUGCUGCUACUUUUCUACUUGACGUAACAACGCCGCCUGGCCCCUGGUCUCGUUCCAUUUUUAUUUGGAGUAAAAAGAUUUUGAAUAAUUUUCUCAGAUUCGUUUAUUCAUUUGUCUCACAUAUCUAUCGUGAAGGUAAUCAUGCAUUGGAUUACUUAGCUAAUCAGGUGUGCAUCAUCGGGUUAACUAGAACGUUGACUCUUUCAGAUUUUUCGAGACUCCUUCGAGGUA